AUGAAGAACAUUCUUCAGAUUGUCCUUCUACUUCAAGCAUCUCUUGCUCUCGGAGCUCCAGUGCCUGGAAUCGAUGCCUCAACCGAGGCUUCGACCGAUAUUGUGAAUAGUGGUCCAAUCGCUUGGAUUUGUCCCCCGCCUCCUCCUCCUCCUCCUCCUCCUCCUCCUCCCGCCGAAAAUCAUGGUGAUCAUGAUAAGAGAGGCAUGGCCGAUGCUUCGUUCGAUGCUAUGAAUACUAGGCCUGGUAUCUGGACUCCUCCGCCCCCCCCCCCACCCCAAUGUGAAUUAUGUCACAACAAGAGAGAGCAGCUCGAUGCCUCGACUGAUACUCUAAAUUAUCGUGCUGGUACAGAGUGGGCUAUUAAUCCUUCCGUUCCAGACCCAAACGUAUGA